CUGGAUUUUCGGUACCUCCAUGAGGGUAACUCUCUUUGGCGCGACUGAGAUGAGGAUACAUUGAGGGGAAAAUUGUCCCUCCUAUCGCAAAUUUAUUUCGAUUAGGUGCAUCUAUAUUGUGGAAAAUGGACGCAGGAAAAUUAAUAGAAGUAUUGCGGGCCACUUUGGACCCGAAUCAAAGAGAACAAGCAGAAAAACAGUUGACAGAGGUUCACAAGAUCAUAGGAUUUAGUCCUAUUUUGCUUCAGGCCAUCAUGUCCGAUCAGCUUGAUAUGCCAGUUAGACAAGCAGGUGUGAUUUACCUGAAAAACAUGGUGACACAGUUUUGGCAAGAUAGGGAGGCAGAGAAACCAGGAGAUCCAGUGCCGUUUUCCAUUCACGAACAUGAUCGUGCUGCAGUCCGUGAGCACCUCAUUGAAGCCAUCAUUCAUGCUCCAGAACCAGUCAGAGUCCAGCUGUGUGUUUGUAUCAGUCACAUCAUUAAACACGACUACCCUGGCCGCUGGCCCAAUGUCCCGGAGAAGAUCCUGCUGUACAUCCAGUCAGACAACCACUCCACCUGGAUGGGAGCCCUGAUGUCUCUGUACCAGAUGGUCAAAGUCUACGAGUACAAGAGACCAGAUGAAAGAAAAAUCCUUGAUGAUGCGAUGGCCAUCAUUCUACCUGUUGUGUAUCAGCGCCUGAUCAGUCUCAUGCCAGAUGAAUCCGAAUACUCUGUUCUACUGCAGAAGCAGAUCCUUAAAGUGUUUUAUGCAUUUAUACAGAAUUAUCUCCCUCUAGAGGUGUUGACAAAGGAAGUUUUUACUCAAUGGAUGGAAGCUGUUAGACAAAUUGUGGACAGACCUGUUCCAGAGCAAACCAAUCAAAUUGAUGUUGAGGAUCGCCCAGAACUAGCAUGGUGGAAGGUCAAGAAAUGGGCAGUUCACAUCUUGGCUAGAGUAUUUGAAAGAUAUGGCAGUCCAGGAAAUGUCACAAAAGAGUAUACUCAGUUUUCGGAAUGGUAUCUUAAAUCUUUCUCAGGAGGCAUAAUUCAGGUGUUGUUUAAGGUGUUGGAUCAGUACAGGCAGAAAAUAUACAUCGCUCCCAGAGUCCUCCAACAGUCUGUCAAUUACCUGAAUCAGGGUGUUAGCCAUGCAUUCAGUUGGAAGUUCAUGAAACCACACAUGCAGGGCAUCAUUCAAGAGGUUAUCUUCCCUCUGAUGUGUCACAGCGAUGAAGAUGAGGAACUCUGGAAUACAGAUCCUCAGGAAUAUAUCAGGAUCAAAUAUGAUGUGUUUGAAGAUUUCCUUUCACCAGUGAUUGCUGCACAGACCUUGUUUUACUCGGCUGCUUCCAAGCGUAAGGAGGUGUUGCAGAAAGCCAUGGGAUUCUGUAUGCAAGUUCUGACUCAGCCCCAGGUUGAUCCCAGGCAAAAGGAUGGUGCACUUCAUAUGAUUGGAGCUGUAGCUGAAGUCAUAUUGAAGAGAAAGAUAUACAAAGACCAGGCAGAAAUGCUGUUGGCAACACAUGUUUUCCCAGAAUUCAGCAGUGAACAUGGUUUCUUGAGAGCUAGGGCUGCAUGGGUGUUAAAACAUUUCUGUGAACUGAAAUUUAAGAAUGAACAAAAUUUGAAAACCUCCUUAGAAAUGGUGCGACAGUGUCUUUGUUCGGAUAAAGAGCUUCCGGUCCGAGUGGAAGCUGCUGUGGCCCUGCAGGUUCUCUUGGUAGAACAAGAAAAAGCCAAAGACUACAUCCAGCCAUUUGUAAAACCCAUUUGUUUAGAAUUAUUGAAAGUCAUUCGAGAGACGGAAAAUGAUGACCUGACCAGUGUGAUGCAAAGAAUUGUGAUAACCUUUGACGCAGAAGUGACCCCAUUGGCUGUGGAAAUGAUGACUCAUCUGGCUCAGACAUUUGCUCAAGUGAUAGAGGCAGAUAUGGACAGUUCAGAGGAAAAAGCCAUUACUGCACUUGGUAUCUUAAAUACCAUGGAAACCAUUCUCAAUGUUAUGGAGAAUCAAAAAGAGAUUUUAACUCAGUUAGAGGGUAUUGUGUUAAAUGUUAUUGGAGUCAUUCUACAAAAGAAUAUAAUGGACUUCUAUGAGGAGGUCCUGUCCCUGAUCUACAGCCUGACAAGUGCCCAGGUGUCCCACCACAUGUGGCAGGUGUUUGGUAUGCUGUACGAGAUGUUCCAGAAAGAUGGCAUCGAUUACUUUACAGACAUGAUGCCAGCUCUUCAUAACUACAUCACUGUGGACACGCCAGCUUUCCUGUCCAACCCUGAACACAUACAAGUCAUAUACAACAUGUGUAAACAAGUAAUGUCAGCAGAAAUUGGAGAAGAUGCAGAAUGCCAUGCUGCCAAAUUGUUGGAAGUCAUCUUGCUUCAGUGCCCUGGGCAAGUGGAUCAUGUUGUGCCAUUGUUUGUAGAAUUAGUGUUACAGAGACUAACAAGGGAGGUUUUGACUUCAGAGUUACGGACAAUGUGCUUACAAGUUGUGAUUGCUGCUCUGUAUUAUAACCCUCCAUUAUUACUGGACACGUUAUCAAAGUUACAAAUAGACAAUAUCACAGGAUCUAUAUUAGAACAAUUCUUAAAACAGUGGCUUCAUGACGUGGACUGCUUCCUUGGGUUGCACGACAGGAAAAUGUGUGUUUUAGGUUUAUGUUCAUUGAUUAACAUGGCUGGAGUCAGACCCACGGAAGUGACCAAUGUGGGUCCUCAAAUCAUGCCUGCCUCUCUGGUUCUGUUCCAGGGCUUGAAAAGAGCUUAUGCAAGUAAAGCUCAAGAGGAGAAUGAGGACAGCGAUGAUGAUGAAGAUGAUGAUGAAGAUGAAGUCAAUGAGGAACUUGCCAGCUCAGAAGACGAAAUUGAUGAAGAGGGGGCCCAGUACAUAGAGAAAUUAGAAAAAGCAGCUAACAAUGAAGAUGAUGACAGUGAUGGUGAAUACACAGACGAUGGGACAGAGGAGACUGCUCUGGAGAGCUACCAGACUCCACUGGAUGAGGAAACCUGUCCUGUGGAUGAGUACAUGAUCUUCAAAACUGUCUUACAAAACCUGCAGGCCAACGAUCCUAACUGGUACAACUCAUUGAUCAGUCAGUUGACUGAGGAACAAAGGAAGGAGGUGGAGGAAGUCUUCAAGCUGGCCGAGCAGAGGAGAGCUGCAGCAGAAUCACGGAAGAUAGAGGAGAGAGGAGGAUAUGUAUUCCAGCAGACUAGUGUGCCAUCAAGUUUCAAUUUUGGAUCUUAACCUUGGUUUCAUUACAACAUAAUUCCUGUUACAUAUCCCUCAGUAUGUGAUGAUGAAUUUUUAGCCGAUGUCACCAGUCGUGUUUUCUGUAUCUCUCAGACAGGAAAAAGCUUGGUUUUUUCAGGAAUUGUGUCUGUAGAUGAAUACUACCAAAGUAUCUUUACCAUGCCAGUUUUAAACUUCCUUGCAUGUAGUUUUGACUCAGAAUUUUUGUUCCUUACAAAGCUUAGUGUGAAUUGCAUUCAUGUGAACUUCAGUUUUAAACUGAGAAAAACGGGUUGUUUUCUUUGCUUGUGCAUAGACUUGGCUAUAUAAAGUGCUACAGUGUUUUUCCUUCCCAAUUAGUGCUAAAUUAAUUAUGCAUAAAGUAUCUGUUCAUCAGAAGUAAAACCAAAUGGAGGAUGAAACUUUUGUCAAAACCUUACCACUAUUUUGUUGGAGAAACAUGUGACUCUGUGCUAUUCUAUAAUUAUAUUGUACAUAUAGCAUAUUGAAAAAAACAUGAAGUAAGAGGAAGCAGAAUUUCAGUAUAUUCUAUGGAACUGUAAAGAGACCAUUGAGAUUUAUGCUAAAGAUAUAAAAAGCAUCAUUGAAUGGAAAUGUGUUAUAUUGUACAGUUUAUAAAUAAUUUAUUAGUAAACGAAAUGUGAACAAUUUAUAUAAAAACCAUGUCAGGAAAGGAUUUUGAUGGAGAUUCAUGUUAUGCCAUUUCAAUGUGUUGUUCUUUGAUGCUUUGUAUCAUCUUUGUGUUAUGUUAUUUAUUAUUUCCAUUAUUUUGUUUUAGCAUUCCAAAUGUUUUCAAAUACUGGAGGCUAACACAAACUCCUGAAAUAUUGGACUAAGUCAUACAUGUAACAUGAUCAUUCUUAGGGAAAUUUACCAUGUUUUGAGCAAAGCUACAUUUUGAUUAAAGAAGUAAAGUGAAAUAAAUGGAUAAUAAUAAAUUCAGUAUUUUUAUGAACUAAUGAAAAACAGUAGCAAAUGUAAACUUGUAACUUGUGUACAUUGCAUUCAGUAGUUGUCUAUAGUUUCAUUUUCUCAGUAUUUUUGCAUCAGUGUUGUUGGAAGGAUAUUUAUUGUAAACAAUUUUAAAAUAUAAGUUCAAAGUACCAGUAUGUUGCAAUUAAUUGCAGUCUUGUGUGAAAAUCUAUUUGAAGAAACAAAAACGCUCUGAAAUUGUCACCAUGAUUUUCUCAGUAUUUUUUACUUUUGUGAAUGCUCUUUGGCAGUACAAUUGUGAUUGAAAAUAAUAGCCCACAUUGGAAAAUUAAGUCAUUUUAUAUGUAUAUCAAAGGCAGAAUGUGUUGGUCUAUCGUAAACAAACUUCCUACAGCACUGGUGAAGCUGAAAGUGCAAUAUAUGUGUAUAUGUUUGUGAUGGGCCAUUUGCUUACUCAAAAACUAACGAAGUAUAAUCUGUUUAGACUUCUAGUACAUUCUAGUCCAAAGACAAUUUAUAUAUGUAUGUAUAUAAAAUGAAAAAAGAUAAAACAUGCUGUUUAAAAACUGCUGUCAUUUUAAUAAUACAUUAAAGUUUGUGUUUAAGGGAGUUGUAAGUCUUGUCGAAAGAGUUGAGCUCAAACCUUUUGUUUCAUUUGUGUAUCCUUGAAUAUCUUGUUAAUUAUGUUACAUUAUUAGAGGAGCAUAAUGUUGGAGAUGACUGAAUCUGAAUUUGCAAAUGGGGUAAAAUAUAUCAAUUUGUGGAUAUCUUCUUGAUACAAGAAAUGGCUCCUCUUCGACAAACAACUGCUACUUCCACCAAAUGAAAUCCAGUUUUUAAUGGGUUAUUGCGACUUAUUAAUUAAACCAGACCUUAUCAGAAGUUAAAAAUUUUUCACAUGCACAUUACCAUAGAUGCCAAAUGGCUUCUGUAACUUUUUCAGUUUGUUUUAUAGUUUCAUCUUUUUUUUUCAAAUGAUUUGUUUGCAAGUUUCAAGAAUUUUGCUUAAGUAUAGUGUGAACUUGUUUAAUUGUUUAUCUGUCAUUUGGCAAUCUAAAGAAUGUACACAUAUUAGAUUAAACUUGAUAAUUUUUAUCUUGAAAUAUUUUAUAUUUUGCAUUGCUAAUUUAUUGAAGGUCCAAUGUUUUUAGAUUUCAGAAAACAAAAUUUAUCAUCAUGAUGUUUAUACACAAAAUACAUGUUCAAUAAAUCUUAAAUUUU